AUGACACUGGUGACUCUUGUGGCAGACAGUGGAACCCCCUGGYUCCUGGCGUCUGUGGAUGAAGUGGACAGUGCUGCGGAGAAGUGGAAGCAACUGGCCAGGCAGCUGAAGGAUGACCUGUCCAAUAUCAUCCUGAUGUCUGAAGAAGACCUCCAGGUGCUUAUUGAUGUGCCACGCUCAGACCUGGCAGAAGAACUUGCCCAAAGUGAAACCAAAAUCCAGGUGCUGCAGGACACCCUGCAGCAGGUGCUGGACAGACGAGAAGAAGAGCGGCAGUCACGGCAGCUCCUGGAACUCUAUCUGGAGGCCUUGAAGACUGAAGACAGUAUCUUAAGCAAAGUUGCAGAACCUGAGGCUAAAUCAAGGAAGGAGAUGGAUGUGGUUGACACAGGUACCAGCAGCACAGAUCCCUCAGCCACAACAGCACUCAGCGACCACGUCCUUGCUGCUCUGAAAGGAAAACCUGCUCCAGAGCUCUGCUUGGACAGUCAGGAUCUAGAGCUGGUGCUGAAGGAAGAUGCAGCAGCCCUGGCCUCGGCUCUGGGAUGGGACAAGCAGAAAGCUGCAGCUCUGCUGGAAGCCUGUGAGCAGGAGCUCUCCAAACGCCUUAAACAAGUGCAGACUCUGCAUUCCUUACGGAGCACGUCCAAGGGCAAGAAAACGCUUCCCUGGGGGGACUGGCCCAGYUCAAAACGCAAAAAGUGA